AUGGCUACCAUGAACAAUGCGGCUGAAGUAGUGCAUGAAGCUGCGGUAACAGCGGCUAGGGCUGUUGAACAUGAAUUCUACAAGAAAUAUUUCCCGAGGGUAGUGUGUGAUGCUAAGGAAAUAGAGCUUAUGCAGCUGAGGCAAGGGGAUAUGACUGUUGCUGAGUAUGCUCGUAAUUUCGAUGACUUAUGUCGUUUCUCUAAGCUCUGUCAAGGGAAUCCUACUGACUUUGAAGAAUGGAAGUGCUUGAAGUUUGAAGGAGGCCUUCAUGAUGAUCUGAUGAGUUCAAUAGUUCCGAUGGAGAUACGUAAUUUUGCCGAAUUAGUCAACAAGAGCAAGUUAGUGGAAGAAUGUAUUAAGAAAGUGAUUGUGGCCAAGGUGAGUCACCAAGGAUUUACACCAAGGCAUCUUAGCAAUCAUCAGGCAGCUGGGAGAAGGGUGCAUUUUAAAGCACGUGGCAUACGACAGCAUAAGAACCUACAAGUUGGUAACAUUAUUGCUCGCCGUACGGGUAAGAAUGGAGGUAAAGUAAGGCAAGGCAAUGGUAAAUGA